CCCUAAUUAAGCGAGCCUACCAGAAAAACCAAACCUUCGAUUCCUUCUUCUAUCAAACUCAAGAUACACAUCCGAACGACAUCAAGGCAACCACCCAACAUCACCAGUUGCCCAUCAUGUCGCUCGUCUCAGGCGAGAAGACGAACUUCCAGUUCAUCUUGCGUCUCCUCAACACGAACGUCGAUGGAAAGGAAAAGGUUAUGUACGCCAUGACCCGAAUCAAGGGUGUUGGUCGACGAUACUCCAACUUGGUCUGCAAGAAGGCCGAUGUCGACCUAAACAAGCGUGCCGGUGAGCUCACCUCCGAAGAGCUUGAGCGAAUUGUCACCAUCCUCCAAAACCCUACCCAGUACAAGAUCCCCGCCUGGUUCCUCAACAGACAGCGCGAUAUCACCGAUGGCAAGAGCUCGCAGAUCCUGGCGAACGGUGUCGACUCCAAGCUCCGUGAAGAUCUCGAGCGCCUAAAGAAGAUCCGCGCUCACCGUGGUCUCCGACACUACUGGGGCCUCCGUGUCCGCGGUCAGCACACCAAGACCACCGGUCGCCGCGGCCGGACUGUCGGUGUCUCCAAGAAGAAGGGUGGUUAAGGGUCUUAGCAGUGGUGGAGGCAUGGUUUCAUUGGUUCAGGUCAUUCAUUGCGGAUGGACAGGCGUGAAGGCUGGACUGAAAUUACUGCAUCAAAAAACGUUUCUAUGAAUUACUUUGCGAAUUGGGGACUUUGCUCAUCGGUUUCGACAAGUCAUAGUGUGUACUCUAGAGAAUAAAGAGACAUCAUUGUGGCCAACAC